GCGAUGAAGAAUUGGCAUUAGGUGAAUCCCCCACGCGACCAAGCUCGUGCGCUGCUAUAAAGACUCAUUCCCUCGUAUGGCAAAUAAAUCAUCCAUACAUUUGCUUUGCUAUAUUUACCAAAAAAAGAAGCUUGUAAAUCUCCCCAGCAUAUGUCUCAAAGGCCUACCGUUCCUCACUCUUGUUCAUUAGCUUUUGAUCUUCAUUCCCAUUUCCUGGUUUCUAGUGAUAUGAACCCUAAUUCCAUUUGGAGUCUUUAGUUAUAUUUCAGUCCUUAUUUUUUUUCUUGAUCAAUUUUGUUCAUUCUUUGAAAGUUUUUAGAUUUUUGUUCUUGAGAGAAUUAGAAAAAAAAUGGGAGGAGUCAAAGGUUUCAUUGAAGGAGGCAUUGCAUCAAUUGUUGCCGGUUGUUCAACACACCCACUGGAUUUAAUCAAAGUUCGAAUGCAGCUUCAAGGUGAAGCCCAGGGCCCUAACGCGGCUGCUCAAAAUCUCCGCCCUUCUUUAGCUUUUCAGACCAACAGCACCCCCUCCUCUACUGUACACCUCAGACAAGCCACGGCGGCGCGUAUUGGACCUGUGGCUACUGGGAUUCGGAUCUUUAAAACCGAAGGCUUCAGAGCUCUUUUCUCAGGUGUUUCCGCUACCGUACUCCGCCAGACCCUUUAUUCCACCACCCGGAUGGGAAUCUAUGACAUCCUGAAGCAUAAAUGGACCGAUAAGGAAACGAAUACCAUGCCUCUCGCCAGCAAAAUCCUCGCUGGGUUAAUAGCCGGGGGUAUCGGCGCUGCCGUCGGGAACCCAGCCGAUGUUGCAAUGGUUCGUAUGCAAGCUGACGGACGCCUCCCUUUAUCUCAACGCCGUAACUACACCAGCGUCGUUGACGCCCUCGCUCGCAUGACCAAACAAGAAGGCGUUACUUCCUUGUGGCGUGGCUCAUCGAUGACGGUGAACCGAGCCAUGCUGGUGACGGCGUCGCAGUUGGCUUCCUACGAUCAAAUCAAGGAAACGAUUUUGGCAAAAGGGUGGAUGAAAGAUGGGAUCUGUACACACGUGGUGGCGAGUUUCUCGGCUGGAUUUGUGGCGGCGGUGGUAUCGAAUCCCGUUGACGUAAUCAAGACAAGGGUAAUGAACAUGAAGGUGGUGCUUGGGCAAAGGCCACCUUAUACCGGAGCUCUGGAUUGUGCUAUGAAAACAGUGAAGGCGGAAGGGCCGAUGGCUUUGUAUAAAGGGUUUAUACCUACCAUCUCCAGACAAGGGCCGUUCACGGUGGUGCUCUUCGUUACGUUGGAACAGGUACGAAAGUUGCUUAAGAAUUUCUAAACUAUUUUACGACGACAAUGUUUUAAGUUUCAGUUUUUUAUAAACGUCAUAGGAAUGAAAAUAAUAAAGUUUUCCAUGGAAUCUGGAAGCAAGAGUUUGUGUCUUCGCUUCUGAUUGUAAGAAAAUUUUGAUAUCUGCAAUUUUCAUCAUCAUAUAUUAUUUUCUCUAUUAUAUAUCACCAAAUAAUUCCAAUGCACCA